AUGUCAAGACCGGAGAUCGUAUGGGAAAGCACGUGGAAAUACAUGACAGAUGAUUUCAUCUACAAAUAUAGUAAACUACAUCGUGUUCAAGACGACGAACUUAAAAAUUACGCUUUGUUGGAAAUUGAAAAGUUUUUAGGUAUGAAUAGCUCAUCACUACGGAACUUCUCAACAAUGCCUUUUCCAGAUUCUUCUUCGUUAUCUGAUCUCGACAAUCGUCUGAUUAACGAGGAGCAUACUUACGACGUAUUAAGUCUCGCAGAGGAAUAUGUUAAUCUGUUUAAUAUGUUAACUGAAGAACAAAGGUCGGUGUUUGAAGAGAUAAUGAAAUCUGUUGAUGGUAACACUGGAGGGAUGUUUUUUGUUUACGGAGAUGGUGGCACCGGGAAAACCUUUUUAUGGAAGACGUUGUCUGCCGCACAUCGAUCAAAAAGAGAAAUUGUAUUAAAUGUUGCUUCGAGUGGAAUUGCAUCGCUGUUAUUGACAGGCGGCAGGACUGCACACUCCAGAUUUCGUAUUCCUUUGAAUCUUAAUGAGGAUUCGGUUUGUCAUAUAAAAGCAGAUAGUGAUGUCGCUAAAUUGUUGCAUCAGACCAAACUUAUUAUAUGGGAUGAAGCACCUAUGGUCUAUAAACAUGCGUUUGAAGCCUUGGACCGCACGAUGAAUGACAUUUUCAAUUUCGACACCUCAAGAAAUUCUGAAAUCUCAUUUGGUGGUAAGGCUAUUGUUUUUGGUGGAGAUUUUAGACAAGUACUUCCCGUUGUUCGAAAUGGUGGAAGACAAGAGACGGUGAAUGCAUCAUUAAGUUCGUCUUAUUUGUGGAGUAAAUGUAAGGUGCUAACGUUGUCAAGGAAUAUGAGGUUAACCGUUGGAAGAUCUCCAUCCAAGAUUGAGGAAAUAAAUAGUUUUGCUAAGUGGCUUUUGGAUAUAGGAGAGGGAAAUGUUGGUGGUCCUAAUGACGGAGAAGCGACAAUUGAAGUGCCAUCUAAUCUUAUAAUUAAUGAUACUUCCGAUCCCAUUUCCAGCCUGAUCGAAUUUGUUUAUCUUUCGAUUCUCGAGAACUUUAGAAGUCCUAAUUAUUUUAGUGAUAGGGCUAUACUUGCGCUGAAGAAUGAGGUUGUUAACGAGAUUAACGAUAGGCUGUUAGCGUUGUUUCCCGGUGAAGAAAGAGAGUAUCUAAGCUCUGACCAUCUUUGUGCAACUGAAAAUGUUAGUUCAAUACAAGAAAGAUUAUACACACCGGAUGUUCUCAAUGGUCUUAAAGUUUCAGGCUUACCAAAUCACAGGUUAGUGCUAAAAGUUGGUGUGCCAGUCAUGUUAUGUAACAUUGACCAAAAAAAUGGUUUGUGCAAUGGUACAAGGUUGAAGGUUACAAAGUUGUAUAACCGUGUAAUAGAGGCUAAAAUAAUAUCUGGAGCUAACAUUGGUACUCGAACCUAUAUUCCCAGAAUUAGUUUAGUACCUUCAGACAAGAAGAUUCCCUUUUCAUUUCAAAGAAGGCAAUUUCCGGUUGUUGUUUGCUUUGCCAUGACUAUCAAUAAAAGCCAAGGCCAAUCACUUUCUAGAGUUGGUCUGUACCUAAGACAACCGGUUUUCACGCAUGAUAUGGAUCGUGGUUUUUUUGUUUACAUCGAGGACAGGAAAUUAGAAGAACAGCCUUUACCAGCUUGGUAUAACAAGUUAAAUGAAUUAGAUGGAUAUCCCGUUGGUAAUGUUUUCUUAAUCACUGAUGAUAAAGCAAUAUUUGAUGUUAAAAUCAAGGAGUCUACGGACGGUUAUUGUGUGUCAAACGGUUGGUCAACUCUUAUAAAUGUUCUUGAAGUAGACAAUGGAGACUAUGUUGUAUUUGAACUUAUGGAUGCAAUGACGUUUAGAAUAACUCAUUUUAAGAGUUAUCCACACCCGGAUCAAGGUUCAAAGUUCCACGUUGUUAUGUCAAACCCCGAGAACCAAAAUCUGUGGUUACCGAGAGACUUCAUGCAAGAGCAUUUCAAUGGUGAUAAUCUGUUUGACAAUUUUGUUAUUGUUUUUGACAAAACCACACGUGGACCGUUAGUAUGA